AUGUCGACCGCGGGUCGAGCACGGGCGGACGGUGCCGGGGAAAACUACAUGAAACCGCUCGCGCGCGCGCGGGGCGAGGGCGAGGGCGGGACGGGUGGACGCGAGCGCGUGACGCCGAGGUUGAGUUUCGUUCGUCGACGGGACAGCGCGCCGGUGCACCCGACGCUCGAGGACGAGGGCGAUGCGGACGAGGGCACGGGCGAGGGAUCGGCGGCGGCGAGCGGUGCGAACGAUGGGUCGGGCGCGCGCGCCGGUGACGACGAGGGACCGCCGCCGUCGGCGCCGCCGGCGCCGAGGGCGGGAGACGCGCGGCGGAGGACGCCGACGCCGAGCGUCGACGAUCCGAUGUCUUGCGCCGCGCCGCUUCCUCCGUGGGCGGAUGCGGGCGCGAAAAGACGAUUCACGCUUCGGUCGCUUCCGAACGACGGCACGCACGCUCGGUGUCACGUGCUGCGCAAACGCGGUCUAUUCGGCGCGUUCCCGACGUACGUCCUGUAUUUGGACGGACGCGAGACGACCACCGCGACGCUCGCGGACGCGGUCCCGAUCCUCGUGGCGAGGAAGCGCAAGAAGGCAAAGUGUACGCAUUACGUCAUCGGCGACGACGGCGCCGAGCGCGCGGUGAACGAGGCGCAUCCGAGCUACGUCGGCAAGCUCAAGGCGAACUUCAUCGGCACGCGCUUCGAGUUGUUCGACGCGGGCGCUCGACCGCGCGCGUGGGGGGCUCCCGGGCACCUGGGCCACGCGUCCGACGACGAAAGCGAUGAAGACGACGACGUCCCGCCGAGACGGACGCUGGCGAACAUUCGAUACGCCGUGAACGUCCUCGGCGUCGCCGGUCCGCGUUCGCUCGCCGUGAACGUCAUGGACGAGCGAGGCGACACCGUCACCACCGCCCUCGAGAGCGCGCGUCCGCGGUGGAACCCAUCACAUCAGGCCUACGUUCUCGAUUUCAACGGUCGCGUCACCAAGCCGAGCGUGAAGAACUUCCAGCUCGCCGUCGUCGACUCCGCCGAAGCCGAAGCCGCCGCCGAAGCGAACCGCACAUCGAGGCGCGUCGUCGCCCAAUUCGGUCGCGUCGACGACGACCUCUUCACGCUCGAUUUCGCGCAUCCACUCGGUCCGCUCACCGCGUUCGCCGCGUGUCUCUCCACGUUCGAGUCCAAGAUCGGUUGCGAGUGA